AUCGAGUUGUGCACUCAGAUUUUUGUUUACAGCAGCAGAGUUUGGCCUGUUGUUUACUUUUUGCCUUGGAAACUAUGAUCUGCCGCUUGUGCCUGUUAGAUUUGGAUAACUCGCUCUCCAUAUGCAUAUUCAGCGAUGCCGAACACGACCUCUCGGCGGCAAUUGCCAAAUUUUUACAGCUCGAGGUGACGAUCAAUGAUAGCAUAUCCACUAAUCUAUGCAGCACAUGCUGGCAUCAGUUGAGCGACUUCCAGCAGUUCUGCGCAAUGGUAGCCGAGAAGCAGCAAACGCUGCAGCUGAAAAUGGAGCUCGAACCGCCACCCGAGCCAGCAAUCGUGGUGUGGAACACCGAGUCGCCGAUAGAAACGAAGCUGGCCUUCGAUGACAACGACGAUGUCAAGGAUCACAUAUUAUGCGAGCCUGAGAUUGAUGUGCACGAUAAUAUCAGCACUAUCAAUCAAUCCGAUUCACAAUCCCUCACAAGCAACAGCGAGGAUACCUCCGACUUUGAGUUGGAGCAUGCAGCUAAGAAGAGAGCGCAACUGCCCUCACCGGCUGCCUCCAGCCAGCGAGAGACGCGCCUGCUGCGCCGCACUGCAGCGAAAGCAGUCGCAUCUCCUGCCACGCUGCCCGAGGUACGAAAAAUAAAAAAGGCACGCGGCCGACCCAAAGGCACAAAUGCUAAAGCCAAGUCCAAGCAAAAAUCCAAAACCAAGCCAAAGAUUGUGCAGCCCAAGCCCAAGCCGGAUGAAGCGGAGCUGCAGGCGAAGCGCAGCAGCAUCAAGGAAAUGGACGACUAUAUUGCAGCCAACGUGAAGCUCGACUGCAGCCUCUGCGCUGCCCCCCUGCAGAACUUCAUCGAGCUGAAGCGCCACUUUCGCUCGGAGCACAACUGCACCGGCUACGUGGAGUGCUGCAACAAUCGAUACAAGAAACGCACGCUGUAUGUGGAUCAUCUGCACUAUCACAAGGAUCCGCAGUACUUCAGCUGUCAGCCCUGCCGCAAGAGCUUCCUCAACCGCAACAGCCAGGAUAUGCACAUGCUGCGCUUCCACUCCGAUCAGCAGCAGCUCGUGCACCAGUGCCACAUCUGUGAGGCGCGUUUCGCCAAAAAGUUUCUGCUCACCAUGCACAUCAAGGGCCAUAAGGGCACCGAGCGACCGGAGGUCUGCGACACCUGUGCCAAGAGCUUUCGCACUAAGCUAGAGCUAACGGCACACAUAAAGCGAAUGCACACCACGGAUUUCACUCCCGUCAUCUGUGAUAUUUGUGGCGUCGACUUCCGGUCGAAGGCAAACUUUCUGAUUCACAAGAAGGCGCUGCAUCCGGAUGGCCCUGUGGCGGAGGUGCAGUGCAAUCUGUGCAGCCGUUGGCUGCGGGAUGAGCGGAGUCUGCGCAAGCAUCUGGCCCGCCACGAUGACCGUGAUGGCGACAACAAGUACCGUUGCCUGCUGUGCAGCGCCGAGAAGGCCUCCCGCGUGGCACUGAGCAGUCACAUGCGCUACCAUCACUCGGCCAAGCGGCACAGCUGCUCGCUCUGCGGCAAGGAGUUCAAGCUUCCAAGGGCGUUGGCAGAGCACAUGGCCACCCACACAGGCAUCGACUUGUACUCCUGCCCAUUCUGCACGAGAACUUUCAAAUCGCAUGCGAACAUGCACAACCACAAGAAGAAGAUGCAUCCCAACGAAUGGGUGCGCAAGUACACGCAGCCAAGCGCGGCGGGCACUGCAGGCGGGUCGGCUGUGGAGAAAGAUGUGCUGGAUGAUCAGCAAUCUGAGCACACGGAGCAGCAGCCAGUGACCCGGGUUGAGAGCUCCUUCGAGUACAUGGCCAAUGGCGGUGUUGUUUGUCCACUCUGAACGCACAAUAUAUGUAUUUUAGUUGUUGUUUAUUGGCUGAGUAAUAGUAAAGUUAAUUUUGUAUAGCAUAAA